UUGGACUUUAUGAAAACAAGCACUGUUGGUUAUAUUCAGUAUUUCAUAUGACAAUCAGUGGAAGUUUCAGAAAUACAUUUCAACAUUUCAUGUGAGAUACUAUAUCAGCAGUGGUCUCAACAAGUGAAGAAUAGUGAAGAUUGAAAAAUCCUACUAGUAGAAAAUGGGUUCAAUUACUUCUAAAACACCGGAACCUACUGUCUUGUAUUUGAUUGACUGUACCGAGAAUAAAAAGUACUGGGAAAAAGAGAUAAUCAAGAUGUCAAAGAACGAGGUAAAACUAGUGACAAACGGAGACAUCUUGCAUCCUUGGGUUAUGAUUUGUAAUGCCAAAAUUGUUCAUGGUCAUAACAUUGACGUCACUGGAACAAUAUCAGGGCUCCUACCGAACACAGAUCAGCCUGGAAUGGUUGUUAUGAGUGUGCAAAGCAAAGACUGUGAGUUCGAAGCAUAUUAUCGUGACAAACGAAUAGAGUACAUAACAUGGAUGGGUUCUAACUCCACAAAUGGAUACCAAAUGAAAUUGUCACUCCGCCGCUUUAUUUCAAAAGAGUGGUUCAAAUUAGGCAGAAACAAAUAUGUGAUACACUUGGAUGUGAUUUCUUUGGUGGAAGAUGUGCAGAAUUGGAAACACAAAGUUACAAAGAUAUUGGAUAAAAUGAAGACAGUAUAUAUCUACAAACGGGAUGUUGAAUCAAAUGGAAGCAUUGAAUAUCCCUGGAUUGCUAUUUGCGGAGCCAAAUCGAAAAACAUUUCAUCAUCACUACCAAAACUUCACGAUCCAAAAGAAAAACGGCCUGGAAUUGUUAUUAUGAGCAAACGAACUGAAAAAGAUGGAACGAUAAAAUCUGCUUUCCAUUCUGCCUAUGUUGGUUGCAAGAUAAAGUUCAUGACAGACGAGGAUUUCGAUACAGAUUUUGAGAGAAAUGUGCUUAGCCUCACGUAUUCAAAUUUGAAAGAUCACAAAGAGGUGCCAUCCAUUACAGAUAGGAGGUCAACUGGACAAAGAGAACAGAAAUUCGCAGUUGACAAACAUCCCAAAAUUGAUAUGGUGAAAAAAUCUUUGUCAACAUUUCUGCAGACAAAUAUUCCAGAAUCAUCAAACUUUCGAGUAUCUGAAGAUCCCACCCCAGAGUCCAAGCACUAUCAAUUUCUACUCGACAUUGGAGAAUCUAUUCGGUGUGUUGUCCACCAUGUUGAAGAAAUGAAUAGUAACGCCAUCCGAGUCUGCGGAAAUCAAAACGUGGGUAGACAAGUACACAUCAUCGUGGGGAAAGACGAAAUCAAUGAUACUCUUGUCAUCAAUACUCAAGCUCGGAAAGGCAUACAGAUGUUCCUGGACGAAAUUCCACCUGAUGAGAUCGAUGUCAUUCUGCAAAUACAGGAUUAUUCAACUACACCAUAUCUCGAGAGCUAUCUUAAUGCGCAAAGGGAACGUGUAAAAAAGAUCAAUUUUCUUCAAGACGAGGAUACUCCAACACAUCCUUGGAUAUUCGUUUGUGAUACAUUCCACGAAGAUAAGUUUCUAAAACUAAAGGAAACUUCGAAAGACCAAGAAUCCAUGCUCUUACAAGUGCACGGCCGUCAAACUAUACCUAUAGAGGCAGAUAUCAAGGAUACAGGCAAGGACGAUAACAAACAAAUCAGUCUUCUAUUUUGGGGAAAUUCUAAGAUUGACGAUAGCUUGUACAUGAAUGAUUGCGCAAAACACGAACUCCAAAGAAUUAUGGAAUCGAUUGGAAAUGUUGCAGAUAGGAGGUCAACUGGACAAAGAAAACAGAAAUUCGCAGUUGACGAACAUCCCAAAUUAGAGAUGGUGAAACAAUCUUUGUCAACAUUUCUGCAGAGAAAUAUUCCAGAAUCAUCACGCUUUCGGGUAUCUGAAGAUUGCACCUCAGAGUCCAAGCACUAUCAAUUUCUACUCAACAUUGGUAAUGAUAACAGUAAAACACAGGAUCAAGGAGAAUCUAUUCGGUGUGUUGUCCACCAUGUUGAAGAAAUGAAUAGUAACGCCAUCCGAGUCUGCGGAAAUCAAAACGUGGGUAGACAAGUACACAUCAUCGUGGGGAAAGACGGAAUCAAUGAUACUCUUGUCAUCAAUAAUCAAGCUCGGAAAGACAUACAGAUGUUCCUGGACGAAAAUCUAUCUGAUGAGAUCGAUGUCAUUCUGCAAAUACAGGAUGAUUCAACUACACCAUAUCUCAAGAGUUACCUUGAUGCGCAAAUGGAACGUGUAAACGCCAAUUUUCGUCAAGUCAAGAACACUCCAAAACAUCCUUGGGUAUUCGUUUGUGAUACAUUCAACGAAGAUAAGUUUCUAAAACUAAAGGAAACUUCGAAAGACCAUGGAUCCAUGCUCUUAAAAGUGCACAGCCGUCAAACUAUACCUAUAGAGGCAGAGAUCGAGGAUAAAAGCAAGGACGAUAACAAACAAAUCUUUCUUCUAUUAUUGGGAAAUUCUGAGAUUGACGAUAGCUUGUACAUAAAUGAUUGCGCAAAACACGAACUCCGAAGAAUUAUGGAAUCGAUUGGAAAUGUCCCAGGUGUGCCUGUUCAACACCCGAAACGAAUUCACAUCAAAUGCCUUGCAGAUCUUCCAAAGAAAGCAUUCUCUAACUUCAUGGAGAGAUACAUUACAAGGAUUGAACCAAUUUGGAUAACUGAGGAGGAUCCCAUUGAGGAAGAGUCUAUCUGUAUUUCCGUUUGUUUCAAUCUGUCUCGUCUUCAGGAUGACAUUGCAGCUGUCCAUCGAAUUACACCACAGGACUGUAAGAACAUGCUUGUUGUGAUCAAGAACUGCCGAGAAGGAAUGUCACCAGGAUCAAUGCUGAAGAGUAAUCCGAGCGACAAAUUCAUGGAUUUUACCAACAUCCUGUAUGACGAUAGAGAGUGUUACGAUUGUCAUAUCAAUUCUCUGGCUGCAGAGAAAGUUCAGGCUUUCAUCGACAAUAAUUAGAACCCAUGUUGAUACAUACCUGUAUUGUAUUUUUUUAUUGUUUGAUGCCCGUGUAUUAUUUACUUUAUAUGAUAAGAGAUAUUUACUUUCAUUAUAAAGUGUAAGAAAAAUAAAACUAUAGGGGGAAAUAAGAAAAGUAUAGAGUAUAUGUAAAACGUAGGGCAUACGUGAAAUAUAGCAUACUCCUGAAACAUACUGUACAUGUAAAAUAUAUUGUAUUCGUAAAACAUAGUGUAUAUAUGAAACAUACUAUGCAUGUAAAACAGUGUAUUUGCAAAACAUAGUCUGUUAUCCUGAAUAUCCCAAAGAAUGCAUAUGCAUGUGCAUAUGGAGAAACUUACACAAAUCAUAACGAGGGGAGAUUCGUGAUUUAAGAAUAUAUAUUAGUUUCUAAUUAUCAUCAGUUUAUGAUUUACAUAUACAUGUAUGAAGCGUUUGCAGAUAUGCCGCAUUUGUAUUUGAAAGAUGAAAAUAUUACUUUAGUCUUUAUAUGAACUUCAUUAGUAUUAUCGCAUUAUUCUAACAGCACAAAAUAGACAUCUUAUUCAGUAUGAAAACCUCAUUAUGUUAAAAUCCCGAAGAAUAUCAAAUGUGCCUAUUUCUGUGUAUCUAGAGUUUUGAAAGUCGCGUUUUAUAUUUUAUAGACAAACUAUCAUGUUAAUACAUUGAUCAGAAUGUUAUUCUAAACAAAGUCCCAUCUUCAUUGUUUUUCCUGCGACCCUCUUUUUUCAGGAAAUGCAAGGUUGAUCCCUAAACUGAAACAUCUCAAUUAUCUCGAUACAUAUAAACAUUUUGUGGAACAUUGUAGAACACAGUAUGUAGAUAAUUACUAGAUCCAUUUUACACCAUUAAGUUUUAGGAAACAGUCCCUUACAUAAAGGGAUGAAAAGGGGGAACAGUAUUUUCUAAACAUCUCAAAAGCUAACACAGAAUUUUUAAAGCAAUGUUGAAGCAAAGUUGUUUGUCCUUACGGUCUGCAACAUCUGAUGUCCAAAAUAUGAUCAUGCUUUUAUAUUGCUAUGAAGCAGAAUUAAUUAUUCAAAGACUUCUACUUGAGAAGAAAAAAAUCUCUUUCUUUGGCUUUCAAUUCGCCAUUGAGAUAUAUCGACGAUGUAUCAUCGAUUAACAAUAAUAGCUUUCAUUCAUAUGUCGAUUCAAUAUAUCCCAGUGAACUCGAAAUAAAAGACACCACAGAGUCGUCGACUUCUGCUACAUACUUAGAUACAUGUAUUUUAUUGAAAGUAGAUAUUAACGUCAAACUAACAACUCAACUUUAUGACAAACAGGAUGAUUUCAACUUCUCCGUCGUCAACUUUGUGAGGCCGUUCUGGCACACUGAUUUUGACUACGGCUAAUUCCGUUUACCUGAUCAGAAUAUAGGGCUCACGGCGGGUGUGACCGGUCGACAGGGGAUGCUCAUUCCUCCUAGGCACCUGAUCCCACCUCUGAUAUAUCAAGGGGUCCGUGUUUGCCCACCUCUUUAUUUUGUAUUGCUUAUAGGAGUUAUGAGAUUGAUCACUAUUCGUUAUCUUCGCCUUUCAUCUUGGAUUAUGUAAUAAGAGAAUUAUAGGGGUAUAAUGUACGAAACUUUAAUGCUCUCUAGCUCUAGAACAUGAAUUAGUCAGAAUAUGGUUCUAACCAAUAUGCGAUCAUCAAAUUUUUGUUUUACGUCCCCCUUUUUAGGAAAUCAGGGACAGGUCUCUAAAACUGAUUAUUACAUAUCCUUUCCGCAGCUAUAGCGUAAAAAUGUACAAUAACCAAAAACAGAGAUUUUGACCACCUUCUCUGAAACACAGGUAGGUGAGGAUAUCAAAAACAUAUUUGGAUUGGUUCGUAAGGAGAAGUUGCGUCCUAAAAAUUACAAAGGUCUGCUUUUAUUCUGUCUAACUUCAUAAUCCUUAAAAACGCGGCAUGCAUAGGAGUUUCAUGAAAGUAUUUUUCCUGAUUUCCUACCCUUCAAAAUUUAACCGGUAUGGGUUCCGAUUAAUUAACACGCAGAUACGUUUAUGCGUCAAACUAAAGAAAAAACUUAACAGAAGAAAGGGAAGCUACAAAGGUGAAACUACACCCCCAAACGUCUUUAGUGGAUGUUGCGCCGUGGUCAUUGGGCACUGGAUGACCGAUCCCGAUGCUCAUUCUGUAAAAUAUUAAACAUACUUUUCCCUAUUGCAGUGUGUAUUGAUAUAGUAGCUCAUCUGAUUUAGGAUGUUUGUUCUUCUAUAUCCCCCGGCUUCCCUUCAGUGGUACAGUCUUCAAAAUACCAAGCCUUCGUUAUGUAAAGCGUUGAAGAACAAAAGUUGAAGAUAAUUAGGAAACCUAUUCAACAAUGUUACAUUUUAAGAGCCAGUUCCUUAAAUAAGGAGUCAAGAGGAAUCAAAAGUAUUUUCUCAUCAUCUCAGAAACUGAAUAUCAACAAAAGUGCGUGUAUACACCUGCAUUACUUGUCUUUUAUUUUUGGUACAUGAAUCUUUAAUUGAAGAUUAAAUUAUUUGCUGACUUUU